AUGGCUAAUGACAAGAAAGGCUAUUCCUCCUCUCUACGUCGGUCCGCGCUCGCGGCCAUCACCAUCUUCCUCCUCCUCGCCGGCGUCACAGCCCUCAUCGUCUUCCUCAUCUACCGCCCCCAGCGGCCACAGUUCUCCGUCGUCGGGGCCGCCGUGUACGAACUCAACGCCACGUCGCCGCCCGUCAUCUCCACCACCAUGCAGUUCACGCUCCUCAUCAGGAACCCCAGCCCGCGGGUCUCCAUCUACUACGACCGCCUCUCGGCCUUCGUCUCGUACCGGAAGCAGGCGAUAACCCUGCCGGCGUCGCUGCCGUUUCUCUUCCAGGAGAGGCGGACCACGGUGGAGCUGUCCCCGGUGCUCGGCGGGGCGGCGGUGCCGGUGGCGGCGGACGUGGGGAACGGGCUGGCGGUGGACGAGGCGUACGGGGUGGUGGGGCUGAGCGUGGUGGUGAUGGGGAGGUUGAGAUACAAGGCGGGUGUAAUAAGGACGGGGCAUUACGGGUUUUAUGCGAGGUGCAAUAUGCUGGUGGGUUUGAAGAAGGGCUUUGAUGGUCAAGUGCCUCUGCUGGCCUCUCCUCCAUGCAAAGUCGACGUUUAA